GUGUUGUCAGGGGACAGUACAGACAGCACAUGUCUGUUGAUCUGUUUUUGAUGAGUCAGUGGGAGGAUGACCGUUGGCCUCUCACACAGCUCCGCUCCCUCAGGCUCCUGAAGACUCCACUCAUCCCUCAAACUCUUUUCUUAACCAGCAAAACAUCCGAGGGAUUAUUUUCUGUUACCUUAGGCCCGUUUGCACCUGACGUCUCCAUUCAGAAGGUGACUAUAGAUGGUGGUGGUGACAUUUUAACCUGGACCCAAAGCCACCAAACGCGGAGUGACGCAGACGUUGCGGUUUCCAGACUCUCCUACGUCAACGGGAGCGUCUCCUUCCAGCUCAGUUUCCUGUUGUCACACCCAAAAGUAAUCCCAGAGUUCAUAGGUGCUGGUUAUAAGACGUACAGCAUCACUUUCAUCUUCAUUCUUAACAUCUCACCCAAUAAAGAGGUGUUAUACCAUCAAGUCUCCACUGAGCAUAGCGUCGAGUACACGGCUCCAGAUUCACCCAGACUGGAGGGGAAGUGCACAGCGAGCAGCCUGCUGGUGCUGCUGCAUCACGGGGCCCAGGCCGAGCUGCAGUGGGAGCUCUACCUCGGCACCCGGAAGCUCGACUGGGAGCUGGUGGAGAUGGGCGGGUUCGUAGUGGAGGCUCAGGACGACUACUUAACUGUGGAGAUCCCUCUGUACAGCCCUGGGAUGAACUAUGAGGAGUUGACAUUGUGGAGUGUCGUUGCCGGUGUGAAUGUGUUCGUUGUGGAUGCUGAGUCUCUGGAAGUACGGGACAGCCUUCUCCUCAAAUGCACGUUUGCUGUGACAGAACUUUUAGUGUGUUUGCCAGAAGGGAGGAUGAUGGCCGUGGUCGACACCACCCACACCAUCCCCCCGACUCACCCCAACCGAACCACUCUGCUGGACCCCAGCUGUGCUCCCAUGGAGACAGACAGUGCCAGAGCUCUGUUCAACUUCAGCCUGGACUCCUGUGGGACGAUCGUCACUACUGAGGGGAAUUUCCUGGUUUAUGAAAACCAGAUCCGCUACAACCAAGAUUUUCUGCCUCUGGAUGAUCCUGUUAUACACAGAGAUUCUCCGUACAGACUGACGAUCCAGUGUCGCUACCCUGCAAACAAGAGCAGCACCCUGUCGCUCCAGUAUCCUGUGUAUUCACAUCUGGACCUUUCACCCAUGAUGCCGGUCAAUCGCACACGCAGGGAAGCAAACACAGGACAAAGAAAAUGGAGGGUGCAUUUGUAGGAUCAACAAGUGAGGAUCACAUGUUCUCAUCCUGCUGGAGUUGCAUUUAUAUUAAGUCUUUUUUUUCUUUGAAUUUUGUAUCUUCUCUCUUCAUAUAUAUA